GGCGCGCGGCCCCGGCCCCUCCACCUCGGGGCCGCCGUGGUCUCUCCCGGAAGCGCCGCCAUCUUGCGGAGCCGGCCUGAGGCGGCGCAGGGAGGCGAGCGGGGCGCGGGUGGAUCCCCGGGGGCAGGCGUGGCAAUGGCAGAUCCUGCACAGUAGAGUUCAUGGCAAGUAUUUGUCUAACAUAAGCCAAGAAAGAAACACAUACAAUCUUAAGAGUGAAGACUGGAACGGCUAGAGGGAGGUGCACAGCUGCAGUUCAAAGAAAAUGAAUGGCACACUGGAUCACCCAGACCAACCUGAUCUAGAUGCUAUCAAGAUGUUUGUGGGUCAAGUCCCACGGAGCUGGUGUGAGAAGGAUCUAAGAGAACUUUUUGAACAGUAUGGUGCUGUCUAUGAAAUCAAUGUCUUGAGGGACAGGAGCCAAAACCCUCCUCAAAGCAAAGGGUGCUGUUUUGUUACGUUUUAUACCCGUAAAGCUGCACUAGAAGCACAGAAUGCUCUUCACAACAUGAAGAUCCUCCCAGGGAUGCACCAUCCUAUCCAGAUGAAACCAGCUGACAGUGAAAAGAGUAAUGCAGUAGAAGACAGGAAGUUGUUUAUUGGAAUGAUAUCCAAGAAGUGCAAUGAAAAUGAUAUCCGAGUGAUGUUCUCCCCCUUUGGGCAGAUUGAAGAAUGCAGGAUAUUACGGGGCCCAGAUGGUCUGAGCCGAGGUUGUGCAUUUGUGACUUUUACAACAAGAGCCAUGGCACAAACAGCAAUCAAAGCAAUGCACCAAGCACAAACCAUGGAGGGUUGCUCUUCUCCCAUUGUGGUAAAAUUUGCAGACACGCAGAAGGACAAAGAGCAGAAACGAAUUGCUCAGCAACUCCAGCAACAAAUGCAACAGAUCAGUGCUGCCUCAGUAUGGGGAAACCUGGCUGGUCUCAACACACUUGGACCCCAAUAUUUAGCACUUUAUUUGCAGCUCCUUCAGCAGACAGCAGCUGCGUCAUCUGGGAACCUGAACACAUUGAGCAGCCUCCACCCAAUGGGAGGACUGAACGCGAUGCAAUUACAGAACCUGGCUGCGUUAGCAGCUGCAGCCAGUGCAGCUCAAAAUACACCGAGUGGUACCGCUGCACUCACUUCCUCCAGCAGUCCCCUGAGUGUGCUCACCAGCUCAGCAGGUUCCUCACCUAGCUCCAGUAGCAGCUCUUCUGUUAAUCCUAUGGCUUCUCUUGGAGCAUUGCAGACACUGGCAGGGGCUACAGCAGGCCUCAAUGUUAGCUCUUUAGCAGGAAUGGCAGCCUUAAAUGGAGGACUUGGCAGUGGUGGUCUCUCAAAUGGGACAGGUAGCACAAUGGAAGCCCUCACACAGGCUUACUCUGGAAUCCAGCAGUAUGCUGCUGCUGCUUUGCCCACACUCUAUAACCAGAGUCUUUUAACUCAGCAGAGUAUUGGUGCAGCAGGAAGUCAAAAAGAAGGUCCAGAGGGAGCCAAUCUGUUUAUCUACCAUCUCCCCCAGGAGUUUGGGGAUCAGGAUCUGCUGCAGAUGUUCAUGCCAUUUGGAAAUGUUGUCUCCGCCAAGGUUUUCAUUGACAAGCAGACCAAUCUAAGCAAGUGUUUUGGUUUUGUAAGUUACGACAAUCCUGUCUCUGCACAGGCUGCCAUACAGUCAAUGAACGGCUUUCAAAUAGGCAUGAAGCGUCUGAAAGUGCAGCUCAAGCGCUCUAAGAAUGACAGCAAGCCAUACUGAGCGCCCCUGCCCUCGGGGACUGGAGUGAGAAGGAUCUUCUGAUUCCUGCCGUUUGUUCAUCGUUGUGCCUAAAGCAUGUCGAUGUGGCGUUCAAGUACAUCGUCCAAAUCCUUGUCUCUUCAGCUUCUCUGAUGCUUGAACUCUCACCUUUGACCUUGUGUUGACCUUUGAUGCUGAUGUGUAUUUUUAUUAUGUUUGUUUCUUUCUUUUUUUCUUUUUUUUUUUUGUGCUGCCAAAUUGGUUUUGCUAGAAAGACUGCUGAAGGGGAAUAUUUAAACUUGCAUUUGAAUAUAAAAGAAUUUCUAUUUUUCUAGACCUUCGUAAGAUAACCACUUGAUUUUGUGAAUCUGAUUCUUUGUAAUUGUCUUCAGAGCAGCCUUGCUAGCAUACCUUGUGGAGUAUUUGUAUUUCUGUGAACAUACAGCCAAUCACUUUCUAGGCUUAGUUUUUUCUGUGUGCUUAGUUUUAAAAACACAGUUUUGAAGAAAAAGUCAGUUAUAUGGUGUGACUCAAUCUUUCAGGAGACUUCCUUGUCACAUUUUGCUGAUCUGGUUUCUGUGCUUGAGGAGACAGCAUGUGUUUUCAUGAGUUCAAACUUGUGACUUGAGUGGCAUCAACAGAAAACACUUGAACUACAUUUUCUUCUGAUUGUAGCUACAUUUUUGCCCUGGCAUUUAUUGAUUUUUUUAAUUAUUAUUUUUAUUUUUUCUUCUGCUUCCCUGUGUGAUUAUCAGUCUGCAGUGAAAAUUUGAUCAAAGCUAAUGUUGUAUUUUGUUAAGCCCCAGCAUGCUUGUUUUUUUUGUAACUACAAUCUCCUCAGCAAAAUGUGAUGUUUUUGUUUUAAUCUUUCAAACUAAAAUAGUGCCCAGAAAUGUUCUGCAUGUUUCCUGCUGUUUUCUUCACACCCUCGUAUAUAUCACCUUCACCUCUCUGUUUUCUAUAGUUUGUGCAAAAACUGAGCAAUUUAAUGGGUUUCAAAGGUAUCCUUUAAAUUGGUGAUUUUGGUAUGACAAAUAUCUGAUCAGAAGCCACCCUGAGGGCAUCUACCUGUGCACUUAGACUGUCUGCCUGACAGAGCACCUGGACCUUGUUCCAUCUCCAGUGCUGUCAGAGGCUCCCAGGGCACUUGGUUGCGCUGUUCCUGUAGUGGAAGAGUUGGUUGAAAGGGAUAGCUGGGGAACAGGGAGGUGGGAACUUCACAGUGUUUCUGCUUCCAAAGUUAUCUGAAGCUAGGGCUCCUUUGAAACACUCUUUGUGAGCCUUUUGUACAAUCCAGGGCACAUUUUUGUGAAGUCCAGCCCCAGUUUGAUACCAUCAGUCAGACCUUGGUGGCAGGAUCCUGGAAGGAUCUAGGUUAGCUCUUGAAAUAAAGUGUUUGAAGUAUCCCAGAGAAAGCAUUUGUAAACCUGGUCCUGCAGCUGCUGGCUCUUUUCCCAAGUUACAAGCACAAUACAACAGCCUGUGAAGCUGUUAUGUGAACAGGGUACCAUCCCCAGCUCUCUUCUCAAGGGCCUUAGCUGGGGAAUCUCUACGGAGAUUUUUUAGUUUUUGUUUAGUUUUUAAUUGGGUAAUGAGCCAGUUUUUCUGGCUUGCAGGAUUAACUAGAACAGGUUACUGCUUUCUGGGUAGCAGGCUUCCCCAUACCCUACAUACCAUCUGCACAGGUAGAAACUGGGAUGUAGCUUCUAGAUGAAAGCACCUGAAGAGUGUGUGCUGUGAUGAAGUUUAAGUCAGAAGGAGAAGCAAGCUAGUGUAGGUAUCAUAACAGUAGAAAAUAAUGUGAAAUUAAAUCCCAGGAGAAGGGUUUUUGCUGAGAAUGCAAAUAGUGUUUAAUCGGGAUAAUGCAAAGAUAAAAAAGGGUUUUUUCCUGUCCUACUCUUGAGUUGGCUGAGGAUACUAUAUUCUCAAGAGAUACUGGCUGGACUUUUGCAGACAGACCUUAGUCUGCUUGUGAGACAGAACAUACUUGGAUAUGGUUCAUAUACCUGGGAGUGAAGCAUGAGGCUGGAUGAAAAAAGGAUAGAGGCCUGUUUCUUGGGGAGGUAGGGUUGUGGGCUGGCUGCUGUUAGUCCCACAGUCUGAAUGCACAGGGCUGUGUGUCAGUGGGGGGCACCCCUACCCUGCGGGGUAUGGAGCAACUGCCAAGCCGUUUCUGCACAUGCGCGUUUGGUUCCGUAAGGAACUUCAGGGAAACCUGUGGAAAAAUAUCUGAAGAAAACCAAAAUGCCAAACUUUGGAUGUUUCUUUCCUUUCCUCUUUCCUUUUCUUCCUUUGGUUGUUUUAAUUGUUCUGUGGUGGUUUUAAUGGAUUUGAGACAGUGGAGCAGCAGCUGCCUUUCUGAAUUUUGGCUGCUUUUUGUGAAUAAUUUAAAAAGAAAAUUUACAUUUUGGAGACAAACCUGUGGGCUUUUUUAUUGGUACAAACAUUGUAUUUAACACUAGGGGUUUUGUACAGUUUUUUGCCUUUUCUACUAGAAAACAAUGUAAAGUGAUUCACAAUGUGAUGAGAAAACAAAUUGCCACUCUGACCAAAUGUAGAGUCUGUUCUGCAGUAAUGGGAUUUAAUCAACUCGAAGUCGUGGUUCAGUCGUAGAAAUGCUUUUCUUUACCUUGUUUGAGCUGUUUGUUUUUUUUCUUGUUUUGAUUUGCAAAACAAAAUGUCUUUUUGUGUGAAAUUGUGUUGUACUCUGUAGAGAUUACAGAUUUUACUUUAAUGGUUUAAAAAGCAGAGGAGCACAAGUUGCUUUUCUGAUCUGAUCGCAGAGUUUGUGUAGUGGAUUUAAAAAUGAAAAGAUUUGUUACAAGUUUGAAACGAGCGAGUAUGUGUUAAAGGAAUUUUCUUCCUUUUGUGUGUGUGUGUGUUUUUUUUUUUCUCCUUUUUGUCCCAGAGGGCAACUUAAAGCUGUUUUAAUUGCACAGACACACCGACAAUAAGUCAUUUUGUAUAUGCCAAGUGUGGUACCUUCCUUUGUUUAUUUGCUAUUAAACUGUUUGAGAAGAGUCA